AUGACCAAGCUAAAGUUAAACGUACUCAUUAUUCCAUUGAAUUAUGCAAAUGAACCAACUAGCGAGAUAGACCCAUUGGUUUGUAAGCGUUUUCUACAUUUGGAAGAUCCAGCAAUUGAUCUUAAUGAACUUAAAGAACGAAUUGAAACUAGAUUCCAAAGGUUAUACCCAGAUGAGGAUAGGCUCCAGAUUGAAGGAUUUCAAGAGAGCGAUCUUUGUGAUUUGGAUCCUGAUUAUUGUAUUUCUGGUGUCUUUCUGUCAGGUGAUAUUUUAAGAACUAUCGUCAAGAAACAAUUUAAAAGCCAGAUCCUAUCAGGAAGUAAUACACGUUCGCAAGGGACACCCAGCCCACCUCUACCCACUGGCGCUACCGAGUUUGCAGGUAGUCACAAACGUACUAAACAGCACGGAUCUUCUGCAGGACCGUCUUUCAAGCCACAAACAAUAGAAGAUCAAAUCGUUGCAACAACGCAACAAAGAGUGAUCUCAUCUACUUCCAGGGAUAAUGGUAAAGGCCAUAUAAUAGCAUCAGACGUGUUGGCUAUCCCUCGACAAGCUAAGCAAUUUCUGGAUAUAGUAGUAAAAUUACCCAACUUUGAAGCCAGAUCCCAUCCAUAUACUUAUAUUUAUGAAGGUGAUAACAUCAAAAGGAUACUUUACUUCAUUCAACAGAUUCUGCUUUGGUAUUCAUAUGGUAAUAAGACAGGUCGUUUCCUUUGUAAAGGCCAUUCAAAACCUCUUUGCACUUCAUAUAUUACUUUGCUGAUCCAUAGAAAAUUGAAUUAA